UAACUGAUGUACGUCACGUUUGGAUGUACUGUUAUGCCUUCGUCUUGUAGCGAAUUAAGCUGGAAGACUAUACCUCCGUAGACUCUGAAGUCGUUUUAUAGUCUCCGAAAAAACACAGUAAACAAGAUCUGGUAGUGUUCAGAUACACUGAUCACAGAGUGAUCUAUCCAGUCCAAUUAGCCACAGGAUGAACGCCGCUAACUUCACUGUCUUGCUUCUCGUGUCCUUGACUCAUAUCUCUCUGGCGAAUAAUUUUAACUUACCCCGUUUCUUACUGAGACAAAGAAGUCAAAGAGGUCGAGGGCAUGGCGGCUUUUAUGACGAAAAUCAAUAUGACGAUGGCUAUGCGGAAUAUACAGGGGCAGAAAAGCGAACAUUUUCUGAAAUGCAACGUCGAAGAUUCCAGGAUGUACAAGAGGACGAACCACAGGAGAAGAGGGAAUUGAUUGAAGACUUGUUAUUACAGGAACUGACCAGAGGAGAAUAUACACCUAAGGAAACAAAUGACGUAGAAUACCCCUACGACAUGCCAAGGAAUCAGCGCAAGUUUUCUGACUUUGACGACGUUAGGGGAGAAGAAGAUUUUGAUCGGUUACCGGAGAAGAGGACCAAGUCAGAUGAGUUCAAAGAACAAACUCUUGAUGGUGUCGGGACGGCGAGCGAUGAUCUGGCUUUGAAGAGGGAGGAAGAGAAACAGCGGAUGAAGGACGAGAAAAAGAAAUUCGAUAACCUACCAGCUAAUGGAGAGCUUUUUGAAGGCGACAUCAUCAUGGACCAGCGCUUGCGGUCUUGGGUGACCGGUCAAUAUGACAAAAGAGACGCAAUCAAUGACGACUCUUAUCUGUGGCCAUCAUCACUGGAUGAGAAUGGUGAAAGAGUCAUAAGGGUGCCUUACACGUUGUCAGACGAAAUCAAACGAGACGGCGAGAAAAUGGACAGCAUCAGACGGGCAAUUGAAUCCUACAACAGAUACACUUGUGUACGUUAUGUCCCAGCCACUAAAAACGAUGAAAAUCAAGAUCACGCGCAUUUUCUAAUAAAUCAGACCAUGUGUUACUCCAGUGUUGGAAGACAAGGGGGUAAACAGGACAUCUCCAUUGGAAACGGCUGUGAACGAGUGGGAACUGUUAUUCAUGAGAUGUUACAUACCAUCGGCUUUAUCCAUGAACAAUCGCGGCCUGACAGGGACAAAUAUGUCAGAGUGUUUUAUGACAACAUCAGAAGCGGUUUGGAACACAACUUUGAGAAGUACACAAGAGGCGAAGUUAAGACACUAGAAUGCAUGAAAGACUUUUAUGACUUCGACUCAUGUCUACAUUACAAUAACCAUGCGUUUUCAAAGAAUGGCGACGACACGAUUCAGGCCAUAAAGGACCCGACAAGGAGAUUUGGGCAACGGGAAAGUUUCAGCACACACGAUAUACUUCAAGUUAAUGAGUUAUACAAAUGCCACGUUACCAAUCUUCACGAGAAAAUGCGAGACAUAUCCUAUAAUUAGAUCACUGAACUCACAAUGACAACAAUAUAUUUUACGUAUUUGUAACUUAUGACUGCAAAACUAUCUCUCAAUUUCUCGCAAAGCAAGUUAUUUUUUCCUUUUUUUCGAUCAAGAGAUGGUUCGCAUUUAAUGUAAUCUACUUUCGUUCACCUGACUCAAAAUACCGUUUUCCACCAAAAUGUUUUGGUUAAAGGGGCUAUGUCGACGUUACGUUUGUGACGCAAUUUUUGAACGAGGCACGCAACUUUACAAUGUUUAGGAAAGAAAAUCUUGAAAGUAGUUUUAACUAGAAAUGAACUCACACAAUUGGUGGUCUGGAUUGUUUUACUGAAAAAUUUAUUUACUCCUCCACCUGGCAUUCAACACAAUACCUGAUGAAAUAGCCCCUUUGAUCAAACGUCAGUGUUUCUUGAUGGUGCUCACAAGGGAUCAGCCCCGUUUCCUCCCUCUCCUAGACCUAGAGAGAGAUCUAGCCAUCAGAAAAAAAAAACUGCGAAUCAGGUGGCUGCUGAAAAUGAAAUACCAAAUCAGUUAUUAAGUUUCGAAAAGGGUAUUCCUGUACAAGAAAAUAACAAAAAAGCACGGUAUAAUAAGAUAUUUAAAGAUCAAAACUGACCUAAGGUAAUAACUUCUAUUGAAGAAAAGUAUAUUCUUCUUAUCAAGCUGUUUGCGAGUGAAAUAGUUCGGCAAUGUAAUAUAGGAAGUAAAUUCUUGUUAAAAUCUAGACCCAGGGUUCAAUCAUAAUUCGAAAAAUGGAAUCUUGAAAUCUAGUCGGGGAAAUAUGAGCCUUUUCAGGUCGAAAUAUCGAAUUAGAAAUCAAAUAUUUUUGUACACAAAGUUGUAAAUCUUUGUGCAAAUCAAUUUCUCUCCAGCAUUGUUUUAGCCUUUUAUUUGCAGGAAUGAUCAAUAUAUUCAGGUCAAUAAGGACGUGGAGAAUUGAUCUUUCAUGCUUGGGACUAGCACAAGUUAAGUGAUUCAAGUAUCGGCAAAAUGUUUUGUAAGGCCUUUGUAGGAGAAGGCGUUGUAACAUCCCUCUUAAGAAUCAAAUUAGUAAAAGCGAAACCUCUUCAAUGAUAAUAACUCCUUAUACCCGUGUAGUAUAUAUAUGGGUCAUUGAUAAGCGUGAGAUUACCAUGGCAGAAUGUUGGCCAAGUUGUUCAUGGACUGAGAAAGAGUUUUAUUAUACGACAUAAAGCACACCAUUUUCUCGCGGAAAACUGAGGGUAAUCCCGAGCGUGUGGGAUAGCCCCAUCCUGCCCGCUCGGGUAGCUAACGAUCGCGACAGCGCAUGAUUUGGUUCAUCUUGCCCGCUCAUGGAACUAACCAUAUAAUAAUGUACGUUCUAUAGAAUGUACAAGCUCAGGUGUGUCCAAUUUUGAAGCGGUCACUCAAUUUCUUCAACGCACUCUAUGGAUUGAAAUGAACAGGAUUUAACCUACUUUGGAAAAGGGAUGUAGUGAAUUAAACAUGACUGAUAGCGUGCUCUGUGAAGCUGUUAGUCUUAAUAAGUUGUCCUCAACGACAGCCGGCUGUAGUGAAGACAGAAGUCCUAUUAAAGCAUUAUUCUUCACCUCUU